UGUGGAGAAAAUAAAUCUCAAACAAAAGCACAACUUCGAUAAACAAGAUGGCUGCGUCCAUUGAUAAAAUCCUGAAGUCAAUACGAAAAAACCACUUUCUUAAAUUUGGGUUACCCAUGCUUAUUUUAAUUGUUGGUGGGUCGUUUGGUCUGAAGGAAUUUCGACAACUCAGAUAUGAAAUCAUUGAUCGAAGACAAGCUGUUGAUCCAGAAGCACUAGAUCGAUUAAAAAUAAAGGAGAAACAACGAAAAUUAUCAUUAGAAGAAGAAUUUCAAAAAAUUGAGGAAGAUGAUAUAGACUGCUGGUACAAUAUUAGAGGUCCAAGACCCUGGGAAGACUCAAAGGAAUUCCAGGAUGCUCAAAGGAAAAAUAUGGCAAUUAGAGCACAAUCAAAAACAAAUUGAGCCUACAUGUGUAUGCGGGUGUUUUGUGGGGAAAGGGAAUCGGUUGACUUUAUAACCGGAAGUAUGGAUGCUGACGGUUCACCACCAUAUAUUGCUUUAAAAUUAAGAACUUCAAAUUUACUUUUACUGUCAUUUAGAACAAAAUUGGCUUACUCUGUAUUUUUUAAUAAUGUAUAUAUGUAUCAUGAUUUACUCAAUAAAUGAAUAGCAGUAUAAGAAAACUAUUAACAAUUUAAUUGCUUGCUGGCUUUGUCAGAAAUAUGACAGUCUUAGGGCCCAGGGUUCAAUGGACCUUUCUGGCAUGUCAAAAUAAACAACCGACCAAUAAGAACAUCGCAGAUUACACGCUCAUCCCACAAAUGCAUAUGAUUUCGCCAUUUUUCUUGUGGGAAUAUCCAAGAAAUGGGGCUUAGCGGAAAGAUUCACUCCUGUGAGUAACAGCAUUUUUUUCACACAGCAAAAACACCUUCACUUUAUAAGUCUCAUGAGAUUGUUUAUACCACAGGUGGACAAAGUGCGGGCCUUGGCCUGCCAGUGAUUUUUUUUACGUCCUGCGAAAAUGAAUUACCAACCCAAUGUCAAAAAAGUUAUAGUAAAACUGAGCAUAAAGUGGACAUAAAACAGUGUAUGAAGGUUUUUCGGAGCUGAAUCAAAAAUUCACUUCGGCCCUCCAAACAAUUUUAAUGCCCACCCGUUUUAUACAGUAAAGUUUCCUAAGUCGACGUUGACUAAAAUAAUUUUAAAGUCAAUCUUAUUUUACAUGCCAAAUUGUUGUGUUUUCCAUUAACAGUCUGUAAGUCUAAUUAUAUCCAAGACGAACAAUUUUUCAACGCCAUUUUGGAUUCAAUUUGGGCAAGUUCAACUUUAUAUCUUGUGUGUAUGUAAUAACGAAGAAGUGAUUUAAUUUGCUAUUAGCAUAUACGUUGGCCUUCGUGCUGUGGUUACAGGCCUUGUGUACUCGAAAUGCUGUUCCACACAAUAUAUUUUACAGUCAGUGCUUGGUUUGAUUACUCCACCUCUAUUAAAUUGCUCACUCACCUCAAAACACAAUCCUUGGACACUAUAUACCUAAGUACCUCAACCAAUUUUUCGCAUCGUAUCUACAAACCAGAUAAAUAUUGAACACACACACACUGAAGAUAGAAAAAAACUGAACUCAAAUGAUAACAUCGACAAAUUUAUUUCAAAUAAUAACUUUGUCUUGGAAUGUUUAUUUUCAAAAUUUAACUUUAAAACAAUAUACACUAUUUUUAUUAAAAUUAUGAUUUCAAUUAUUUACAUAAUUACAGACCUUAUUUUAAAGAUAAUACCCAGUAUUCUAACUACUGUACUAUAUUUAUUCAAAUAAAUGCCCUGGGGCGGUUAUAGUUGAGAAUGGCGUUUAUUGGUUUUGGUGUAAAAUGGAUACUGUAAAUGUGGAAUUACUGUCAAAAUGUGUUAUCAUAAAAAUAUUUGAUCACAACCAGGUUAGAAAAAAAAAAAAAAA